CACACAAUAUUAACACCUUCUUUUAGUGAAGAAAAGAAUACUGCUUUUGCCUUACUACCAAAUAAUUACUGUAUUUGAUUACUCAUCGUAGCGAGUUCAGCGUGUGUCGUGUGAUUAGAAUUUUUUAAAAAAGAAGAGCCCAAAACCCAAAGGGGCGCUGCAGAGAAGACCAAACAGUCCCCGCGAUGGUGUGUCGACAAUUUUAAAGUUGUGAUUUCCUCCGUAUCUUCAGCUCUCGCUCUCUCUCUCAGUCUCGCUCUCUGGCCGCAAAUUUUUCACAUACGUAGGCUUCUAUUCGCGCUCAGUAGGCAAGUUUGAUAGUUAAUUGAAUUGUGAAAAAGGGAAACAAAAGUGGUGAAGACGGUGAGGGUUCACCGCAAGAGUUGUGUGCCCAAUUCACAAGUGACACAGAUAUCGGAGUUGUGUGCGAUUUGGAGGGCAGUGAAAAAUUUCUCUGACAAUCCCAGUGAAUCAUUGCUGUUGAGAUUUUGAGUCACGGGAAGUAAAUUGCACAGACUUGAAGUGAAGGCAAUAUGUGGCGAAAACGUUGAGUUAGACAGUGUGUCGUGGUGUUUGAGGAUGAUUCGUAAGAUUGCCAAAGCGGAAUGGUGAAAAUGGAGUCGAGUGAGGAGCAGGAUAGAAAAAUCGUCUUGGAAUUUUGUCACCUCCUGGAGAAGUCGAAGCAGUUGUUCAAUGGACUGAGAGAUUUGCCUCAGUAUGGCCAUCGACAGUGGCAAGCUUACUUCGGGCGCACAUUCGAUGUGUACACAAAGCUGUGGAAGUUCCAGCAGCAGCACCGCCUGAUCCUGGACUCCAAGUAUGGUCUCAAGCGGUGGCAGAUUGGCGAGAUUGCCAGCAAGAUUGGGCAGCUGUACUACCACUACUACUUGCGCACCAGUGAGACCAACUAUCUCAAUGAGGCGUACCAGUUCUACGCCGCCAUCCGCGGACGGGCCUACUACUCGCGGGCCAUCAAGGAGGACCGGCCCGACCUGAUGGUGAAGAAGCUGCGCUACUACGCGCGCUUCAUCGUUGUGUGCCUGCUGCUGAAGAAGAUGAAGCUGGUGCGCGAGCUGGUCGUGGAGCUGGACAAGCAGAUUGCCGAGUACACGACCACGUACGAACCGGAGGACCAGCUGGAGUGGUCGCUGGUCCUGGAGGAGAUCAAGGGCUUCAUCAAGGCGGAGGCGGCCGUGGCCGUCCUCCAUGCAGACACCAAUCCCAUCGUCCUGUCGCACAGGCUGAGUCCGCUCACGACUCCACCGUGCGAGCGGUCGCCCCACAUGACGCUCACGCUGCAGGAGAUCCUCAUCGUGGGCUCCACUUGCGAGCAGGCCAAGUUCUCCGAGCUCACCAUGGACAUGUUCAGGAUGCUGCAAACCCUGGAGCGGGAGCCCCAGGAGUCUGCCGCCGCUCAUCAUCCGCACGUCAGUCACGUUGUCCACGACGCCAGUCCGGCCGGCGGACGGAGCUACGGAUGCGUUCCAGGCUCAAAGGGGUACAUUGAGAAUGGCGAUCGGCGUCACUAUCGAGACAAUCCACACAAAUAUCUACUCUACAAGCCUUCAAUUAGUCAACUGUUAGUGUUCUUAGCUAGUGGAUUGAAAGAAUUGCCACCGGGCGGGGCGCUGCUACUCUACAUGUCUGCAGACGGCUGCUUCUCCACCACCAAACACCCCGAGGACUAUGGAUACGAGCUCGGUGGCCUCGCGACCAGCAUAAAGCGCGACGGGACUGACGCUGGACUGUCGAGUCGCGGCAAAUCGACUGUGUUCAAGGAGCCUCAUUGCCUCUACCCGGGUGAUCUCUAUCCCUUCACCCGCCGCCCCAUGUUCAUCAUCAUAGACUCUGACAACUCCUUCGUCUUUCAGCACAUUCCGAGAUACUUUGGUCAACCUCUCGUUACACUCAUGUCGCCUCAGGAUAUUCCAAUUGCUUUCCAAGAAAUCCGCACAGAUAUGCAGCACCACGGAUCUCUGUUCACGCUCUUCCUCCACUCGCCCCUGACCGCCAUCUGCUACGUCUGCCACGUUGGCGACGUUCCAAUUCAUCACUGGGAGCGAUGUCAGGGAUAUGUGGACCGCUUCGUGACGGAAGCCUCGCGCCUCGUCACCCGAUGCAGAAUUGAUGAGAUUGAGCAAGGAAUUGGAUAUAUCGACUCUUCCUAUGUCCAGUUCUUCGGCGACGACUUCCUGCGAACGCUCAUCCUGCGGUUCGUGUUCUGCGACGUCGUGCUGCGCCUGCACAGGGGCUUCAGGGGUCGCCAUCAGCGUCCUCGGUGCGAACCUCCGCUGCCGGCGGCGGAGCUGCUGGAGCAUCCGUCGCUCUCCCACAUCAUCCUGCAGCUGGCCAGCGCCCUGGACGUCAGAGGGCACUUCUCCGAGGGCUCCGAGGGUGAAUGAUUGCGCGAUGCCGCGAGCAGAAAUCCACGCUCUUCCCGCGGAAAGGCGCCACACCAAGUCAAGCUGUUUUCCCUGCAGAGCCACUUCAUCUUCAUAUAGGCAUAACUCUUUGGCACUCUCUGCUCCCCCCAAAUUCGCAAAGGUAGAACUCAGUUCAGUGUAGGAUAAGAAGAAGAAAAAAAACCGAAGAGAGAUCGCAUACAGGUGCCAAAAACCCUUCAGUUCCAUUUUCAUCAUCUCUAGUUGUCUUCAGUAUCAGAAAUUCUGUUCAGAGACUUUUUGCAACACUUCAACCACAACAGUAUUCUUUCCCUUCAAGCGCUAUCCUUUUUCCAACACUCGAUGGGAUAUUUCCGUCCGACUUUGUAUGAUGAUAUUUGAGAGAAAUAGAGAUGUCGAGCAUGUCAUCACAACCCAGUGAUUUCUCUGCAUUUAAUUAUUCCUUUUUAAGAGAAAAAGAAAAAAAACGCGCCAUUAUUUCAACCAAACUUUGUAUGUCUCUUCUCUUUCCAUAAACAAUUUCUCACAAGGAAGAAAAAAAACAAGAAAAAAUACCUUUGACUCUCUGUAAUUCGUAUAUAAGAUGAGAUAAGGAAUAAUGAAGAAAGAAAAAAAAAUUGAACAAGAUAAUAUUCAAUGGGCUUUUCCAUCAUGACAAUUGCGUGUAUUUAAGGAUGAAAAAUCACAAGAUUCAUAAAGAAAAAAAAAACGUAAUGUGAAACAUAAUUACAAAUUUAUAAAAUGACAGAAAAGAAGUAAAAAAAGACAUUAUCACUGCCCUCAUAAUGAAGAAUAGAAUAUACAAGAGAAGAAGAAAGAAAUAUGAGAGAAAAAUAUGUACUCGUAAAAUGUACAUAAGGAGAAAAUAAAAUUAUAUACAAAAUGUACUAUAACGGCAUGUGAAGUGAGGAUAUUGCAAAGACAACUUAUAUUGUAAUCGUAUGAGAAGAAUAGAGAUCAAUAAAAACAAAUAUGUAAAUAUAGAGAUAUUUAAUGAAAGAAACAUGAAAAAAAUGAACAAGAAACUAAUAACUAUAAUAACUUUUAAUACCUUUUUGCCAUUGAAAAUCAGCUUUUUCAUUUCCCCUCGAGACAUGAUAAGAAAUUAUUGAAAAAAAAAUUUAAGAAAAAAAAACGUUUCCCCUUUUAAGAUGAA